AUGUCUUAUAUAAGGCAUCUGUAUAAAAAUGGCGUUUCACUGCGAUUGCAAUACCCUGCAAGAUUCUCGCAUGCCCAGCAGCUUAAGGAGGAUGUGCAGAGAAGAGAGAUCAGUAAAGUGCUCAUAGCUAACCGUGGUGAGAUAGCAUGCAGAGUGAUGAAAACUGCUCGGAAACUGGGUGUGAGGACAGUUGCUGUAUACUCUGAUGCUGACAAACAUGCUAUGCAUGUUGAAAUGGCAGAUGAAGCAUACCAUAUCGGGCCGGCGCCAUCCACACAAAGUUAUCUAAAUGCAGCUAAAAUAUUGGAAGUAGCAAAGAAGUCUAACAGCCAAGCCAUUCACCCCGGGUAUGGUUUCUUAUCAGAGAAUGUGGAGUUCUGUGAAAAGUGUGCCAGUGAGGAUGUUAUAUUUAUUGGACCUCCUCCCGCAGCUAUCAGGGAUAUGGGUAUCAAGAGCACAUCCAAAGCAAUAAUGUCUGCGGCUGGAGUUCCCAUUGUCAAAGGUUACCAUGGUGAAGAACAGAGCAUAGAGAAGCUACAGGCUGAGGCACAGAGGAUCGGAUUCCCUCUUAUGAUCAAAGCUGUGCGAGGUGGUGGAGGAAAGGGCAUGAGGAUAGCAAUGACUGAAGCAGACUUCCUACCACAACUGGAGUCAGCUAAGCGUGAAUCUCUUAAAUCAUUCGGCGAUGACAACAUGCUCCUAGAACAGUACAUCACAGACCCUAGACAUGUUGAAGUUCAGGUAUUUGCUGACAUGCACGGUAACGCGGUCCAUCUGUUCGAGAGAGAUUGCUCAGUACAGAGACGUCACCAGAAGAUCAUCGAGGAGGCACCAGCGCCGGGACUAUCAGAAGAGACGCGCAGGUCUCUAGGCGAGGCGGCAGUGCGCGCCGCUAAGGCAGUAGGCUACGUGGGCGCGGGUACUGUGGAGUUCAUCCUACACCGACAGACUCACGAGUUCCACUUCAUGGAGAUGAACACUCGUCUGCAGGUUGAACAUCCCAUCACUGAGAUGAUAACUGGGACGGACCUAGUAGAAUGGCAGCUACGCGUGGCGGCAGGAGAACAGUUGCCUCUAUCGCAGGAACAGAUCGUCCGGCGCGGGCACGCGGUGGAGUGCAGGAUAUACGCCGAGGAACCUCGCGCCGGGUUCCUGCCCCGCGCCGGCACACUGCACCGACUCACACAGCCUAUCCCUGAAGAGUUUGUCAGAGUGGAGACAGGUGUGCGGGAAGGACAAGAAGUGUCAGUACACUACGACCCUAUGAUCGCUAAGCUUGUAGUGUGGGGUCGGGACCGAAGUGAAGCGCUCGCCAAGACCAGAGCCAAGCUGUCUGAGUACCAAGUAGCAGGUUUAGAGACGAACGUGAACUUCUUACUUCGGCUGAGCGGCGCGAGUGCGUUCGUAUCAGGCGACGUGCACACUGCCUUCAUUCCGCAGCACGAGGCCGAGCUGUUCCCGGCCAGCGACUCCGUGCUCAGCGAGACGCGCGCCAUACAGGCCGCGCUCGGACAUCUGCUGACGAAUCAAGUAGCGAGCACUGUCCAAGACAACUGGAAGGGAAUCUUAGUGCAGCCUCAGUCCUGGAGACCUAACUAUGAGCUGCAAAAAACUAUACCGUUGAGAUUUGAUGAAAAAGACUUAAAAGUAACAGUGAAAUACGAAUCCGCCCCGAACACGUACAGCGUGAAAGUGAAUGAUGGUGAGUGGAGGCAGGUGGAAGCGUCACUACAGACCACGGAGAAGGGGCUCCGACUGAACACCCUCAUUGGAGACAAGAAGACCAAUGUGGGUCUACUCACGCACGACACACAGGUGCACGUGUAUGAUGAGAAUGGUCAAACAGUAGUGGAGUUGCCUCGACCCAAAUACCAGGCGACUAGCGUGGACACGGCAGCGGCGGCCAACAGCGCGUCCUCGCCCACUCCCGGCGUGCUGGAGAGGAUACUGGUCAGCAAGGGGGACAAAGUGGUGAAAGGCCAGCCCCUAUUUGUGGUAAUAGCCAUGAAGAUGGAGUAUGUGGUGCGUUCUCCUCGGGACGGAGUGGUAGCAGGCCUGGCACCUUUCAAGCUCGGGGACUCCGUCGGCAAGGGAGCCCAGGUCGUCAUGCUAGAGGGGGACAGCUGA